AUGUAUCGCGUUACUCUUAAAUUCGCGAUCUCAUCUCAUCUUUCGAAUCUCCACAAUUCUCCUCAUCUCUCAAAAAUGGGUGAUCUGGACGACUAUGGGAUUCCGGGGCUCGUCCAGUGGCUCUCGUCGCCUCCGGCUCCAUUCUCAGCGGCUCCGAAUGUAACACAUAUUUCUUCAAAAGUGAAUGUUCUUUCAAACGAAACUUCGGGCCGUGGUGUCUAUGCUACUCAGAAUGUUUCAGCAAAGGAAACUCUCGUUCGUAUUCCCCAUUCGUUUCUCAUGAACACCAAUACCAUAAUCAAACACAUUUCUCGGUUCAAUGGCAAAGAAUCAGUUCCGGAUUUGGGCUAUUCGGUGCUGCUUCCAAGUGAGUAUACCACCGAUCAAUGGACGGAAUUGUACGCAAAAAUACCGAUUUCUAAAUGGCUCCAGUUGACUGCGUUCCAGCGCACGGCGCUCUACAUCUGUCUCGAGAAAAAGAGGAAAGAAAACUCGUUUUGGUGUGCUUUUAUUUCUUCUCUUCCCAAGCUCGAAGAACUUGAUUUUGCACCUAUUGUAUGGGAAGUCGAGUCAGAGUUGACCGGCUCUAAAGCAGCAGAUUUUUUUGAGCUACUCCCUAGAAGCUCUAGGAACCACGCUAAGAAGGUUCUGGUGCGAUUUAACGAAGACUACACUGCCGUUAGUGAAUUUUUAACGGCUGCGAAAAGUGAACCCUUGAACAAAAUGGAAUUUUUAUGGGCUUGGAUGUGUAUUAAUUCCCGUUGUUUGUACAUGUCGUUCCCCUCCAGCAAGGCAGAAGCCGAUAAUUUCACGUUGGCUCCGUACGUUGAUUUUUUGAAUCACGACUGUGAUGAAAAAUGUGCUAUAAAAAUCGACAGUAGAGGGUUCCUGGUGAUCUCGUGUGUUGACCACGCCGCUGGACAGGAACUCUUGUUCAGCUAUGGGCCUCAUUCCAACGAGUUCUUGCUCUGCGAAUAUGCAUUUACCAUGGAAACCAACAAAUGGAACAAUUUGGACGUUUCUCACCAUAUUGAAGGAAUCAUGAACGAUGCCCAAAAAUCGUUUCUUCGUGAACAAGGAUACUAUGGAGAUUAUACCAUAUCCGAGACCGGAGGAAUCUCUUUUCGAACUCAGGUCGCUUUGGCCACAAUCCAGGAACGAGAACCCGCACAAUCGAGGCGUCUCAAUCUGCUCAUACAAGGGUAUAAUGACGGAGAAAGUUACAAGUCUGUGUCGAAAAGUCUUAUUCGCCGGAUCUUGAACGAGGUAGUGGCUGAGUGUGGAACGAUGUCUGCUAGACUUGAGUCUAGUAAAAAUGGCCGGAUUUUGCAAAUUCAACGUCUCUAUUCUGAUAUGGAACAUAUUGCAACGGUGACCCUUGAUGGCUUAGAAGAAUGGUAA